GACGUCAUGAAAUUAUAUAUUCACUGGCCAGCAGUUUGUACUUGACACAACGCAAGAAUACCCUACAAAUUGCUCUCCUGCUGUCCUUUUGCAGAUGGGAAAAGGCAUGUCUUAAGCUUGAUUUCCUGAAGGUAUAUAUUGAUCUAACAGGCAGGUGCAUAUGAUGUGCUAAAGGUCUGCUACUAUGGAUGGAACCAAUGUGCAGAGAGGUCUGCAGAAAGCCUUGAAUGAAUCUUCCUCUAAAGGCAUCAGCAAUGAGGCAGAGCUUGCUCCAACUGACAGUGAUGCCUCAUCCCGAUCAGGUUCACCUGACCAAUGCUGCUCUAUUUGCCUUGGAAAAUUCAAAGACAAAUCCUUUUCUGAUGGCUGCUUUCAUCGGUUCUGUUUCCAGUGUAUACGAGAAUGGGCCAAGGUGAAGUCAACAUGCCCUCUAUGCAAAACUCCUUUCAAAUCCAUCAUUCACAAUGUAGUUUCAAGUGAUGUCUAUGACCAGUACAUGCUACCACCCACUGAAAAUGGAUCUUUGGAAUUGGAUCAUAAUGGUGCUCGUUUUCGCUACCAUACCACCUUAGCAAACAACAGAAGAUCAGCAUGGGAGACAAGGAUGGAUCAACUCUUUAGUCGUCAGGCCAGGUUGGCAGAGCGGAUCCACCGUGAAAAUGAGGCCCGCCAGCGCCGUCAACUGAUCUACGCCGCUGGCUUGCGGGUUCAUCAUAUCGCAGCCAAUAGAUUCACAAGGUUCAGGGACACUUCUCCUCAGUUUUUCCGUGAGAGCCAGGCUGUUACACAUCGUCUUAUCCCAUGGCUUAGGAGAGACCUUGGUGUACUUUUCAAUGGGAAUGACCAGCAUGUCAGGUUCAUGACCCAGUACAUUCUAUCACUGCUUCCAAACGUUGACAUUCAAUCAGAGGAAUUCCACAACCACUUGAGGCCAUUCCUCUAUGGACGCACUGAACACUUCAUUCACGAAUUCACCAGCUUUGCAAGAUCACCUCAUGACAUGGACACCUAUGACCAGAUGGCCCAAUAUGACUUUCGUCCUGAGAAUCCUCAAUUCACUGCCACACUCCGACCUCAGCAUCCCCUUGUAGCACAAGAGAAUAGUAGUAGUGAGGAGAGCGAGAACAACCAUUCCAAUAACGAAGUAAUUGUCAUUUCAGAUGAUGAUGACACUGAGAGCAAUCUGUUUGUCCUACCUGGUGGAAGUUCACAAUCUGCCUCUCUUGGUCAUCACUUACCUGGGCCAUCUUCUUCUACAAGUGUGACUGGUCCAUCUGCAAGUUAUAACCUUGCAGAUACACAUAACCCUGAGCCACCUGCAAGCCGAGACCUUGAUCAACCUGGCCCUUCUGGUGUAACUCUGUCAGGAAGUCUGCAGAUCAAGCAAGAGCAUGACAGUGCCAGUGGUAGGAAAAAGUCUGACGAUGGUGAGGACAGUAGUGGUAGUGUGGAGAUUGUUGGUUAUCAAAAACCAUUCCAUCUGCGCACUCCUAUUGCUUUCAUAACUAUAUCUGAUGACUUAUCAGAUGAUCAACAGGAAAAAGGAACAAAAGGAAAGCUAAGUAGAAACAAGGAAAAGUCUGCACCCAAAAGAAACCACAUAGAAGAGAAAGCCGGUGGAAAGAGGAAACAGAAGACAAAACAUACCAGGAGCUUGCAUGCUUCAAGUAGAGCUAGUACCUGGUCAACAGACUCAGAUGAAAGUUACUACAACAAAUCCAGACAUGAUGGCUACUACAAGAGACGCAGAGAUACUGUUGAUGACAGAGAUGGCCCUUCCACAUCGCACUACGAUUCUCGGUACAAAUCUUCAUCGAAGCGCCAGCGUUCCCGCAGUCCAAAUGAGCUUUUCCGUAAAGCAAGAGAAGAGGAAAGCAAGUGGAGUCUGUACUAUGAGACUAGACAUGAUGAUCUUUCUAACUCUAGGUACCGACGAUCAAGAUCCAGGUCUCGAUCGACACACUCAAAAAGGUACGGAGAAGACAGCAGAUCACUAGACAAUUCCAGAACCCAUCCUAGACCUUUGCGAGAUGAAAGAAGAUGGCGACGAAGCAGGAGCAGGAGUAGGAGUAGAUCAAGAGAGUGGUCCAGGAACAGAUCAAGAUAUUACAGAGAUGAAGACUAUAGAAGAAGCAGAAGUAGGAGUAGAGGGCGUUCCAUGGAUUUCUUCAGUGAUGACAGCAAAUUCAGUUCACGAUAUGGCAGUCGUUAUGGCAGUACUUCUAGCACCUUCAGCAGACUUUCACACCAAGACAGUCAUGCUCCACAUUCAUCAAAGAAAGACAAUUCUAGUGCCACUCAUGUGGGUACAUCUAAAGCUUCAAGAUCACCUGUGCUUAAGCAUAGGCUGGAUGAUGAUCAUUCAAGCAAAGAAGGAGAUUCGCAUGUGAGCAAAAGACACAAGCACAAACAAAAGCACCACAAGAAGAAAAGCUCCAAACAUAAGCACAAGAGAAGUCGAGACAAGGAUUCUAAAAGUAGAAAGAAAGACAAGCGAAGUCGGCACCAUAGCAGUAGUAGCCAUGUCAGGAAGUCUCAGGAUGAGAAAGAGAAAGCAAUCGUUGAAAGCAUAUCGGACAGUACUGUAGAAGACAAGGAUAAGGCAAAUGGUAGAACCUCACAGAGUAAGAUAAGGACCAUGCAUAGCAAUCAUGGUGAAAAUCAGAAUAUCACUUUACAGGAUUUAUUAAACAUGGACGAAAGCAUGAUAUUUGACCCAUCCCCAGCAGCAGGAAAUUCUGAUAAAGGAAAUGGAUCCAUGCUAUGAUCAAGAUUAUCCGAUGCACAUCAACUAGAGGAAAUAUGAACAGGGUGGUGUUUCACAAAGAAUAACGUGACUUAGUUAUUUACUUAUGUAUAUUAUACUGUAUACAACUGGGAUUAAGUGUGAUUUUUAAUCCCACUUAGAUAUUUGUCAAACACUCUCUAGGAAAAUGAAAUGAUGUUUGUAGAUAGGCUAUCGUCAAGUAGAAUAUAAUUGUUUCUUGACAGUCAGUCCUGGCAGGAACAAAGAGGGACCUUUUCUCUACUUUUUGUUAAAGGGGAAUCCAACCCAAAUAAAAACUUGAUUUUAUAAGGAAAAGAAAAAUCAAACAAGUUGAUCGGUGAAAGUUUGAACAAUAUUGGACAAACAACAAGAAAGUUAUGAAUUGUCAAAAGUUGUAAAUAUUGGUAAUCACUAUACCCAUGGAGACUUCAAAUUGGCCGCAUAUGGGAUGUGAUAGUGAUGUAAGGCAAGGACUACUCGUCCAUGUACUCCAAUACAUAUUAUGGCUAAAAUUUCAUUUUUCCCAAAAGUUUUAUUUCAAAUUAUAUUUUUCUUUCAUGAGGACAUAAAACAAUAUACUACCUGGGUUAUAUUUAGAUUACUGCCCCAGGGGAAUGGGUACUUCGGAGAAAACCACAAAUCCCUGAUAAUAAAGUACAUGGCCUAUGGGAAAGUUGUCCUUGCCCCUUGUCAUAAUUUACUUACCCAGUUGCCAAUUUGAAACCUACAUAGUAUUAGUGAUCUCAAUUUUAAAGCAGCUGUAACUUUCUUAUUGCUUGUCCGAUUUCUUUCAAACUUUCACCAUUCUGUUUAAUUUUUUUCUCCUUCCCAACAGAACAUUUAAUGGCCAAGGCUGGAUUCCCCUUUAAGUGUGGUGUUGCUUUGAUUAGCACAUGAAUAAUGUUUUUGCUUUCUCCUACUACUACUGUACAAGACACUGUUUGUUUUUUUAAUAAUGAAUGUAUAUUCACUGUGUGUAUUAGAUGAAGCCAAGAGAAACAAAUGUCUUCCCUGUACAUUAACCUGCCCCUGGUCCUGCACAGGAAACAUGUAAAAAAAACUUCCCCACUAAUGCUGUCCAGAGAGAAUUCACAUUUAAAGAGAAUUCGCAAGUAAUAUCAACUGUGGAAACAUUUUGAAAACUGAUGACGAAUUUCAUGUGUAUUGCAGUUUAUACAUGACAUAGAUUAUGUGUACAGUACAUGUAUGCCACCAUUCGUCCCUUAAAGGACAAGUCCACCCCAACAAAAACUUGAUUUGAAUAAAAAGAGAAAAGUUCAACAAGCAUAACACUGAAAAUUUCAUCAAAAUCGGAUGUAAAAUAAGAAAGUUUUGAUAUUUUAAAGUUUUGCUUCAUUUCACAAAACAGUUAUAUGUACAUCUCGGUCGGUAUGCAAAUGGGGGAAAUUAUGACAUCACUCACUCACUAUUUCUUUUGUAUUUUAUUAUAUGAAAUAUGAAAUAUUUUGAUUUUCUCAUGUGAAAUGAAGUUUCAUUCCUCCCUGAACACAUGGAAUUCCAUUAUUUUAACAUUUUGUGUUUCAGGCAAGGAGGUCCUAAUCAUCAAAUUCGUAAAAAUUGAAAUAUUGUAUAAUUCAAACAAUAAAAAACAAAAGAAAUAGUGAGUGAGUGACAUCAUUGACUCUCUCAUUUGGAUGUAACUGGCUCGUUCAUAUAACUAUUUUGUUAAAAAUAAGCGAAACUUUGAAAUGUCAUAACUUUCUUAUUUUACAUCCGAUUUUGAUGAAAUUUUCAGCAUUGUGCUUGUCUGAUUUUUCUCUAUUGAUUCAAAUUAACAUUUUUCAGAGGUGGACUUGACCUUUAAAAGUUUAUUCUCUAUUAAUUUGUAAUUUUUUUUAAUUUUAAAUGCAUCGCAAAUGAAUUUGAUUUUUUGAUAUUUUGUCCCCCAUUUUCUUGGUGUAAUCUAAUACCUUUUUAUCAUACAUGUACAUGUACAGUUCACAUAUUUGAAUAUAUUGUUUUAAACUUUGUUAAUGUUGAGGCAGGUGGGGGGGGGGGGUAUUGUCAUUUACAAGGUAGACACCAUGUCAAAUAUAGACUACACGGGACCUAGGAAUGAAUCUGCUUUUAAAAGCAAGAUAAACAUGAAACAUAUUAAAACACAAAUGCUGGGCGAUAUCAUGUAUGGCAUCUUGCUAAGCAUUGUGUAUACCUCCGUUUCUCUACCACUAAAGUGAAAAUGUGUUAUUUCCAAUGCAGUGUUCCAUACACAUUACACACAAAGGCCAUAUAGAAGUGCAGGUCUUGAGAUGGCGCUAUCCAAAGUGGAUGUAUUGGCUUUAGUUCUUCAUCCAACUGAAUUGAUUUCUGUUUUGUUUAUUUUGUUAUCCAGAACUGAAAUUUCUUUAUCCAUGAAAGAUGAAAUGUAGAUUGUAAAUAUAUGAUUUCGUGUAUAUUUUAUUUGCAAUGCAUCAUAUACAAAAUAUGAAUUUAACCCCCCCCCCCCCCCCC